AGAGAAGUAAAAAACAUAAGCAAGCUUAUUUGAAUUUGUUAUGCUAAAACGAAAGUUGCAUUUAAAAGAAUCAAAGUGUGCGAGGACGGUUUCUAUGGCAAUAUUCCGCCCAAAGAGCGUUACGCACAGCGCGGUGAUUCUCAAUUCCGAACUCUCCGUGUCCUUCGCCGUAAUCGCGUCCUAUCAUUUAAUAUCGUUGAAUUUGAACAAAUUUGGUACGUACGUCCAUGUGCUCAUGUGCGCGCGUACAAUGCUUCACGUACUCGCGUAAAACGGUUAUGCGCCACCGAACGUGCAUAUGGUGUGUGUGUUUGAGUGUGUGCGUACGCUCGUGUUCUAGCGUUUUGACAGCUGCGAUUUGCAUCUUCCCAGCGGAAAAAGAGUAAAUAAAGGCGAGCUUGUGUAUUUUGGAGACCGGAAAGAAUUAAAACCUACUCACCCACCCGAAGGAAGGAUAAAUAUUUUCACAGCCGUGGUCGUGGUGACAUUCAACUGUACUCAAUACUCAGUGUGUGUGCAUUUGUAACAUUCGGACAAAUCCUAUGGCCCACAUCCGGAGUGGUUCCACUCUGCAACAUGGCAUGGUAUGCCGGUGGUAUCCACUGUUAUCUAUUCUACUCGCGAUCCAGCUCCUUCCAAGCGCGUUUGCAAUACAGAAGGAAAUGACGGUCAGCGUUGGGCCCGGGAAUGUGGACUGCUUUUUCGAGAGUGCCAAAGCCGGCCAAACGAUCGACAUCGAGUAUCAGGUGAUAGACGGUGGGCACGGCGAUCUGGACAUUAGCUUCGAGCUGGCGGAAGUGACGGGACGGACCAUCUUUGCCGAUUACAAAAAGUCGGACAACAUCCACCGGUUUCCGGUGCCGUACGAUGGCGAGUACAAGUUUUGCUUCGACAAUGGGUUUAGCCGGGCGAACAGCAAGACGGUGUUUUUCGAGCUCAUCAUCGAGCGGGAAGGUGAGCAGGAGGAUGCCGGCUGGCCGGACAUCGAUCUGCUCGAGGGCCUCACGCCGGACGAGUUUUACGAGAUGAAGGUCCAGGACAUGGAGGACGCGAUCAAGCGCGUGAGGAACAAUCUAACGAAGGCGCGCCAGCUGCAGGACGUGCUGCGGUCGCACGAAGCCCGCGACCGUAAUGUGGCGGAGGAGAACUACUUCAAGGUGAACGUGUGGUCGUUCUUCCAGAUUCUGGUCAUGGUCGGUGUCGGUACGCUGCAGGUGUUUAUGGUGAAGUCGCUGUUCGACGUGGAAUCUCGAGCAUACAAGCUGCUCACGAAGCUGUAACGCGAGAUGGGCUUGCCGCGAGACAAUCUGCUUGCCUCGAAUUAUAGUUAAAGCACAAAACCAAAGCUUCAUCUCGCCAUUAUCGCGUCGCAUGUGCUUCGAAGCAUACUAUCCGGACAAUCGGACAGCAAUAGCAAACGAUCGGCGAUCGGCUAAUAUAAUUUAAACGCGUAAGUCAUCGAAACCAAGCAAGUGCCAUAGAUGGUGUGUUACUCCCGCGGUGAAGGAGUUCGUGAGUGAGACUGUGUCCGUCGUUUGCCACUUAUCAUCGAAAUAAAAAAACGAAGAUUUUAAAAUGGA